AUGGCCGAAAAUCCUCAGAUCCCAACCUUCAAGCUUGUUCUUGUUGGUGAUGGUGGAACUGGAAAGACUACUUUUGUCAAGCGCCACUUGACCGGCGAGUUUGAGAAGAAAUACAUUGCCACUCUUGGUGUCGAGGUCCACCCCCUGUCCUUCACUACCAACUUUGGUACCAUCUGCUUCAAUGUCUGGGACACAGCCGGCCAGGAAAAGUUCGGUGGCCUGCGUGAUGGGUAUUACAUCCAAGGACAGUGCGGUAUUAUCAUGUUCGAUGUUACCUCCCGCAUCACCUACAAGAACGUCCCCAACUGGCAUCGUGACCUCGAGCGCGUCUGCGAGAACAUUCCUUUGGUCCUCUGCGGUAACAAGGUCGACGUCAAGGAACGAAAAGUCAAGACUGGGGCUGUCACCUUCCAUCGCAAGAAAAACCUCCAGUACUUUGAAAUCUCGGCUAAGUCCAACUAUAACUUUGAGAAACCAUUCUUGUGGCUUGCCCGCAAGCUUGUUGGCAACACCGCUCUUGAAUUUGUGGCAGCACCGGCGCUUGCACCCCCAGAGGUUGCUCUUGACAAAAACCUCAUGGAAUCGUACGAACAGGAACUCAAGGCUGCCGCUGCACAACCCCUCCCCGAAGAAGAUGAGGACCUGUAG